AUGGAAGAUAUUUGGAAGCAGCAUAUGGAUGAAAUGCAGGUCAUGAAGGGUAACUUGUUGACAGUGUGUGGGUAUCAGUGCACAGUGGAAUUUCAACCAAGUGCUGAUCAGUCAUGGCAAAGCUGGGCAAAUAAUGAGUUAAAUCAAGCAGCAACCUAUCCUUCCCCAUAUGCCAAUGUCCAUCAUGGAGAGUUUUCUCGGAUGGGUGGUACCAUUGGCAAUGACGUAAGCUGCAUUUGGCAACCAUUUACCCAGCAAAGUAGAGAAAGGGAUUUGGCAAAGCUGGAAAGCUUUAGAAGGACUUUGCCAAAAAGGUCUGAAGUUCAAACUCACAAAAAGGAGCUUGAAUUCAUGGCAGCUAAUGGUAUGUGCCAACUUGUUGAGCCAAGGAUUGGAAUUCUAUGCCAAUCUGCAAUGGCCAGAACCCAUGCACAAUGAAAUGAAUGCAUGGCAACACCUGCUUAAUUUGUUGUAUAAGGAAGCAUUGCAAAGGCAGUGUGUUGAUUUAUUUUUAAAUAUACUAGCCUCUCCUGUUAAGACUACUGGAAACACUUUUCAGAACCAGUCAGGUACUCAAUCUUCUAGUACUGACAAUGAACAAACAAAUAGUGAGGGAUCUGCUCUAGUGCAGACUGGUUGUGGCCUGGCAUUCAUUGCCAACAGAAUCAGGGAGCAUUAUAAUGACAAGAGUCAUCAAUCAAGCAAUUGCACUGGCUAAACAUUCUUACAGAUUAGUUGACAUGUUGGAGGCUGGAGGUGAAUCAGAAGCUCAGAAAUUGAAAAGGCUGACACUUGGAAAAAUUGCCCAGUAUUUAAGGAAUGCUGGGACUUUGUUCAACAAGGUUGUCACUAACAAAAACGAACUUGAUCAGCUCAAAGAUUACUUAAACCAAUAUUUCAACUUGCUUGCUUUGUUUUUCCCUACAUCUGUCAAUGUUACUGUAUGGACAAUGGCAUAUGCUAUUCCAUACCAAGCUUCCAUUCUUUUUGACAGUUAUGCCAUUGGCUUAGGCAUAAUAUCUCUCCAGGCAAAAGAAUCGAAACAUGCAGGGAUAACAUGA